ACAUCAUAUGUCGUAGCCAUUGGUCAGUCGAUGACACAGUCAACGUUGGUUGCUGCGUCGCCUCGCUCCGCAGCAGGGCGACGGAUAACGAUUUGGAACCAGGCCCAUGGUCACACGGUGCGCGUAUCUUGUUUUCAGAAAAAAGCCGAAGUCACCCCAGAUUGCAAAAUACUCCCAACUUCGCUUCGAAUGAACGAUAAUUUAACAAGUCUGACCUUGUACAUCGCACACGAAGAAGGCUAACUUAUAUGACGAUAUUCCCUCAUAAGCCCUCUUCUCAGACUCUCUGGCAAUGACUGUGCAGAUAGGGGUGGCGUGUCUGGCUCUGCUAGGCCUGACCUCAGCCCUGAUUUGUCCCGAUGGUGGGAUGUGUGCAGAGGGGAACACCUGCUGCAAGACACCCAGCGGUGGAUAUGGCUGCUGUCCACUACCGAAUGCGGAGUGCUGCUCGGACCACCUGCAUUGCUGUUAUGAGGGGACAGUGUGUGAUUUAGUGCACUCCAAGUGCCUUAAUAAAACCGUCUCUCUGCCGUGGGUCAGAAGAGUUCCUGCCAAACGCCUAAUCGGCCCCCUGAUGCUGGAGGGAGUGAAGGCAGUCAUCUGUCCCGACGGCGAGGCCGAGUGUCCAGACGACACUACCUGCUGUGAACUCCCAGGCGGUACCUGGGGCUGCUGUCCCCUGGCUAAGGCGGUGUGCUGUGAGGACAAGAUGCACUGCUGUCCAGAGAGCACCAAAUGUGACCUAGCCCACUCCAAGUGUGUGUCGCCCACCCUGGACACGUUCCCAAUGAGGGAGAAAGUACCUGCAAGAAAGAGUCAGUCAGUAGCUGUGGUUGGACGAGCAGUGACCUGCCCAGGUGGUAAGAGCUUGUGCCCAGACGGAACCACAUGUUGCCUGCUGGCCAGUGGAGACUUCGGCUGCUGCCCCUACCCUGAGGCUGUGUGCUGUUUUGACAAACUCCACUGUUGCCCUGGCAACACAACCUGUGACCUGGAGCAUGAGAUGUGCACUUCCCCCAAUACACAGACUCCAUUGGCCAAGAAGAUCCCUGCAAUCCCCAACGAUGUCAAUGCUGUGCCCUGCAACGACUCUGUGGCUUGUGCUGAUGGGAGUACGUGCUGUAAAUCACUAGAUGGAGAAUGGGUCUGCUGCCCCCUGCCCAAGGCUGUGUGUUGUGAUGACCAUCUCCACUGCUGCCCCCACGGGACCAUCUGUAACCUGGCAGAGAGUACGUGUGAUGACCCCUCCUCGGGCUCUGCCCUGGUUCCCAUGCUGGACAAGGUGCCCGCCUUCAGCUACGUGUCGGAGGAGAAGCCGCUGCCCAACACCAAAUGUGACGAGUCCACAUCGUGUCCAGGCCAAUCCACGUGCUGCGAGACCACCACGGGAAACUGGGCCUGCUGCCCCCUGCCCAAUGCGAUGUGUUGCAACGACCACCUCCACUGCUGCCCCCACGGCACCGUGUGUAACCUGGAGGCCAGUACCUGCCAUCGUUCUUCUCCUCCCCAGGCGGUGUGCUGUGCCGACGGAGACCACUGCUGCCCCAGCGGCUACAGCUGUGACGACCAAAAGACCUGCUGCACUAAGGGCCUGACCAUCCCCUGGUACCGCAAGGAGAAGGCCCUGACUGUGGGAGCCAUGUUGAAAGACGUCAAGUGUGACAACAAGAGCAGCUGUGCCUCUGGGACCACCUGCUGCAAGCUGCCCACAGAAGAAUGGGGCUGCUGUCCUCUGGUCAAGGCUGUUUGCUGUACAGACCACGAGCACUGCUGCCCACAGGGCUACAGCUGCAACAUGCAGACUGGGACCUGUGAGAAACCGGUAGAGGGUGUUCUCCCCCAUACGAUUCCCCAGACAAAGGUGGCAGAGUCCCAGCAGAGAGCAGUGGAGACGGGGAUAGAUGUGAAGUGUGACGGUGCUGGAGAGUACAGCUGUCCCAAACUGCAGACAUGCUGCAAGACCUCCCCCACAGAAUGGUCCUGCUGCCCCGAACCAAAGGCAGUAUGCUGCGCAGACGCCAAGCACUGCUGCCCCAUGGGAUACACAUGCAACCUAGGGCAGGGAGGCUGCUCCCAGCAGGCUGAGUUGACCUGGGAUAUUUUCUUCACUCGCAACAAAAAGAGAGACUUUGUUCCUUUUGGACUCUGAGCCAAUCAGGAGCAGCACUGAUCUGAUGUUCCUCCCUCCAGCAUACUUACCUACCUGCAGAACAUGCCAUAGGAGGAACACGACCUUAUGGACAAGGGACUGAAGAUUUUGUAUUUUUCUAUCCAUCUUCUUUUCUUUCUUUUUUUACCUGAUUUUUAUUUGGUUUUCAAUUGGGGUAGAACCAGGAAAUAGAAAUGUUUGAAAAUUCAGCAUCUCCACCCAAUGUCCAUCCAGAAGUGUUUUUAUUUUUGUUAUGCAGCUAGCUUCUCCGUUUAUCCUUAAUGUCUUUUAGAUUUACGUUUAGUUACUACUGCCCCAGAUCAUGCCAUUUUCUCUAUGCAUAUGAGAAACAUGAAUGUAUUAUAGCCUCUUGUUGGAACUAUCACUCUCCAGAAUAAGCCUGCUUUGAGACGCAUCAAAAUUUAAUUUGUAUACCAAACUCUUUUAAGAACACAGUUACAUAGUAUAAGUAUAGUAUAGUAUAAGGAAGCUGAUUUUCAUGUUUCGUUGAUGCAGGGCACAACCUAGCAUUACUAAGUGACUGUUAGUUUAUCGCCUGGAAGUACUUAUAUAGCCAUUGAUCAGCCGACAGUGUUAAUGUCAUUUUUUUUAAAUUCGCGAUUUUAUGUAUGUUUUGGCUGCUGGUUCUUUACUUUCUGUGAAGUGAGGAUCGAGAUGGAUGGUCCAACCUCUGACAGUUUUCUGUCAUUUUAAAAUUAGAAUGCUGUCACUCAAACCCGUCAAGUCAUAGACAUUUUCUUAAAUGUGUAAUUUCCAUCGAUCGAUCUAUAUACAUCUUUAUAAUCAUAUUGUUGGAAUACAUUACAAUCAGUUGCAUACAAUGUAUUUAAAGCAAAAAAUGACUGAUUAAAAAGUGAUCUUGAUGUCAUAAUACUUAUUGUUGAUCACUAUUGUGAUCAAUACAAAUGAUCAUAAAUCACUUUAUUUAAACAGGAUUGUGCCCAUAGAGAUCUUCUUAAAUUAUUCUAAUUCCUAAUUCUAUGGUUGUGCCUUUUUUGAUUUUCAGUUACUGUUACUGGUAAACCCCAGUUAAAUGAUUUCCUCAUGAAAUUUGUGGUGCUUUUACAAAAGUGAUAGACGUCCCUAUUUCAUAGUACGUCUAGUUCAUAGGAAUUAUGUAUGAUUGUUUUGCACAAUGUUAGUUGAUAUCAAAAUGUACACAAAUCUACACCAAACAUUCUGUUCUUAUUUCUUUUUAAUAAAAAAAAGAAAUUUCUUCUAAAAGACAUUGAAGAGAGGGUGAAUUUACAUCACUGAUAAGUGUAUGCAAACUGAGGUGAAAUAUCUUUAAUAUAUUUCAUUGUUUUCGUUUGAAAAACAACCAUUUUGGGUGUAUUUGUGGCAUUGUAGGGCGGUGCACAUUUGGCCCAGCGUCGUCCGGGUUUGGCCGGUGUAGGCCGUCAUUGUAAAUAAAAAUUUGUUCUUAACUGA